GGGAGGAGGCGCGGAGAAUGAGUUAUUUGUAGCAGCAGACAGCCUGUUUGCUGCGCGGCUUCUACGCAAGUAAAGCUGCUUCUGCGGCGACGUGACGCCGAGAGCACCAAGAAAAGAAAAGCCUCACUUCCUGCCAGGUCGCGCACCCAAGAACUCUCUUUCUGCUGGACAUGAAAGUGCAGCACGGCUGCAACUCAUCAGACAUGGGGGUACCUGUUAAAACCGAAGAAGAAUUGCGCAAAAAUACCAUCAUAUCACCCGAAGAUGUGCUUGGGUUACAGAAGAUCACCAAGAAUUACCUGUGCUCUCCUGAAGAAAACGUUCACAUGAUCGACUUCACCAGGUUUAAGAUCCGUGACAUGGAAACAGGGACGGUCCUGUUUGAGAUCACCAAACCCCCAACACCAGCCGGAGGGUUAAAGCAGUGUGACCCCAACGCCGGCCGUUUUGUCCGAUACCAGUUCACCCCUGCUUUCCUUCAGCUGCGGCAGGUUGGAGCCACAGUGGAGUUCACAGUUGGAGACACCCCCAUCAACAACUUCCGCAUGAUCGAGAGACACUACUUCCGCGACCAGCUGCUAAAGAGCUUUGACUUUGAGUUCGGUUUCUGCAUGCCCAGCAGUAAGAACACAUGCGAGCACAUUUACGAGUUCCCCGCACUGUCUGAGGACAUCAUGCGUGAGAUGAUCCAGCACCCUUAUGAGACUCAGUCUGACAGCUUCUACUUUGUGGACAACAAGCUGGUGAUGCACAACAAGGCAGAUUAUUCCUACUGCGGAGGACCGUAGGAAAACCACCAACUUCUCCUCUUCACAGUUACAGAAAUGUUCCAUCCUACUGAUUCAAGAUCAGAAACACAUGAACUGAUGGACAAAUCACUGGCACUAGAUACGUUCAUCUCAGUCCUGUUAUCUCAUUCAGGUACCAGCUGGCUGCCCAAUCAGAUCCCAAUCCGAUUCCUCCCACUGCCUUUUUUUUUUUUCUUGCAGGAACAGUAAAUUCUGCCAGUGUUUUUCAUCAGCCUGUGUGAGUGAGCGUGUGGGCAACAAACACAUGAAGUGUUGGUACAAACUGUUGAUUUCAUUCUGUUUAUGUGGGUUGGAUUUGUUCACCGGGAGAGCAAUUUUAGAUUUGUUUAAUAUGACUAUAUAUAUAUCUGAGGUACAUAUAUAUAUAUGUGUGUACUACAGGAGUCUUGAUUGAUCUGAUCAAUCUGAGAAAGCCAGAAACUCACUGAGACAAAGAGAGAAAACAAUGGGUUAAAAACAAGAGAGACAUUUUUAAUCUGUUCAUAUUUCUAUUUUACAAAAUAUAUUUUGCAUAGACACCUCAUAUCCAGAGUAAUAACAGUUGUACUCCUAAGGUUUUUGACUUUGUAGCAACGCAUUUCUCUGAAUGAUUCAUUCUUCCACCCGUGUCCUGUUAUCAUCCAGCUGAAUGACAACGAUGUGUACUUUGUCUUUGUGAAUCUGUCAUUUGUUUCAUGUUUUCAUGUUCAUAGUACUACUACAUCAGGAGUAUAUUUUGAAUAAAUAGCCAUUUUGAAGUGUCAGAAAACAUGUUAGCCCAAAUUCAGACACCAGUUUUGAUAUCCGGUACUUUCUCUGUAACACUAAACACUGUGUAUACUUAUAUUCUGAUAAAUGUUUUAACUAUGAAAUGAAAAAAAGUAUGUAAAUUUUGACGGCUGAAAUUCCAUCACUGCAAUAAAUGUGGGAUUUUUG